CUCUGCCAUCGAAGUAACUGGUCACUUGGCCAAACUCAUCCUACCUACCUCUACGCUGGUACCUUUACCUUGGGCAAAAUAGGGGUGAUCACCCACACGUAACGGAUAUGCUGCUAACCGGCUGGAGGACCUGGCUGGCAGCCUUGAUAGUGCUGGUCUUACCAAGGAACCUAGAGACAUCUGCUCAGCUCGAGUGGCCUAGGAUUCAAGAUAUGGUAGCAUCCAGACUAGCCCGGGAUCCUAUGGUAUGGACUCUCCAGGAAGGUAAUGCCCAAAGCUACGCCUACAACUACUCUCCAUCAGGCUUUUCAUCUAGAAUCGGAGUCGAUAUACCAGAGGAUUCAGUCUUUGGACACGACACCAGUGAGGAUGUACAGAGGGAAGAUGAAGGCUUUGGGCGAUCCCUCAGUGCCCAGCCAACGGAGGGCACUGGACGUUCUCCCGAUGCCCAGGCGAGGUUCAUAGGGAAGUUCGACGAGUGGUACAAAGGGAAAGGAAAAGGCGAGGAGGAGGAGGAGGAGGAGAAACAACCUCAGAUUAUCAUCAGCACUCACCAUGGAAUCUCUUCUCAUGACCUCGAUCACCACCAUGUUGACCAUCACAAUCAUCACGAACAUCAUAACCAUCAUGACCAUAGUUAUCACGGGCCACCUCACGCCCACCCGCCACCGUUCCCCCACCAUGUCCCUCCCCCUCCUGUGUAUCAUUACCCUCAUCACCACCAGCAACCGGUUGUGCAGCCCAUUAUCAUAGAGAGUGGUCGUGGUCAAGGUGGUGGGAACAAGAAGAAGAAGAAGGGGUCGAAGGGAAGUGCCGUGGUAUCUGUCUACACAGAGACGGUAGUCGUCACGAAGCCCAAGCCGGUGGUGUUGACGCAAACCGUGACACACCACUACCAGCAAACCCAGCCGCAUCCAGUUUACGUGCCAACUUCGAAGCCAGUUUACGUUACCCCAUCAGAAGUUUACAUUCAGUCGAGCAAACCGAUUUAUGCCACGCCCUCUCACGUCUACAUUUCAUCCAGCAAACCAACUUAUGUCACGCCCUCUCACGUCUACGUCCAGACUCCCGUUCACUCACAGUACUUGACGCCCUCUCACGUUUUCAUCCAGGAGCCUCAGACGGAGUAUGUUGCCGUCAGCAUCGAGACAGAGGACCAUGGCUGGGGAUGGGGUUGGGAUCUAUUCGGAGGUAAUGGAAAGGGCAGCGGUCACGGAGGCGGACACGUUCAAGUCAUCGGGGACGGACACCACCACCACCACCACCACCACGGUGCUGACAAAGGCAAGGGGGACAGCAGGUUGUGUACGUAGUGGGAAAACCUGAGGUGGCGCCUCAACUGGUGACGACCCACGUCGUUGUCCAGCAACAGAUCCCCUUGAUGACUCACUUGGCUCACCCCUCGACCUCCGAAGUCGUGAUCAUGGAGAGGCCCGCGCACGCCAUCAAGAAGGGCUUCGAAAGAGUCAGGGAAACGUUCAAAGCCUUUGGUGACGGC